GCUCCAGCGAACGGACGCAGUGCGCGGGCCAACCAAAAAUAUACAAUAUUCGUAUUCGAGAGUUCGACCAAUGACUAUUUAUAGACUCCGUUUUGUUUACGUGUCGUGACGCGUGUGCCAACUUCACAACGUUAACAACAACAACAACAACAGCAGCAGCACAACAAUAGCAAAUCAGUGUUGAAGUGACAAACAGUUAAAUAAAAAGUAGAAGCAAGUCACAGCCAUGGCAGCCAUCUCACUAACCAGCACCACGGAUUAUCCGCUGCCAGAGACAACAACGAGCAGCGGGGAGCUCUAUGCGGAGUUCAUCUCGGCACCGGCUAGCAGCAUGAGUCCCGCUGCCAUCGCAGAGCACAUGCAGCAGAAUCAAAUCACAUUCGAGAUACCCACAGCGCACGAUCUGCGCCACAUCGACGCGCUGCAUUCGUUCAAUACGCUGCUGCAGCGGAUCGGCAAUGCGGCCGUCAGCUACGACUCGUCCCCGCCGGCCAGCAUCAGUACCGAACAGCUGUCCAAUUCGGUAGUGCUCGAUCUGGCUGAUCUGCGGGAGCACAAUGCCGAUGCCGAUGCCAAUUCCACCUGGGAGCAAAUCUUUGGCGAUGCCGACAUGCACGCCAUUGUCAACUAUCUGUGGAUUGGCGUUGUCACCUCGCUGGUGGUGCUCUCGCUGGUGUUCAUCAUGUUCAGCUGCUACUUCUAUCGCAAGUUCAGGACAUGGAAGAAAUGCAACAAGGACAUACGCGCACAGCUACAUGCGGCCAAUGACUCCUACUCCUCGCAUGGUGCCAGUCAUCACCUGAUCAGCUGCGACGCAAGCCGAUUAUUGCAGCAGGUGCCUGGUACUGGCAGUGGCAACGGCAGUUCAACUGGCGGGGGCAAUGAAGCGGGCUUCUAUCAAAUUGAAUCGCCGCCCUGUUAUACAAUUGCCACCGGACUGCCCAGCUACGAUGAGGCGCUGCAUCAUCAGCCGCGCCAUUUUGCCUACGGCAUGAAGUUUGUGUACCCCAGCCUGGCGGCUGUGCAUCAUCAUCAUCAUCAUCACAAUCACAAUAAUCAACGUGCGUGCAUUAGCGGCUGGGCAAAGGACGCAGUGCAGCAGAGUUCAAAGAAGCUGCAAAAGUGCAAACUGUCAGCAACAGUCGAUCAGGCGCAGACACAGAUGCAAAUGCAGGCGCAGGCAGAGGACAAAGCCUCGCCAACCAUUUGCAUUAACAUGCCGGAUGAGCAGGAGCUGCGGAAUGAGUUGGGACUGGGACUGGCGCUGGGGCUGGACCUGGAGCAUCGAAAUGAGGCGUCCACAGCUGCGUCGACAGAUGCAGCACAAACUUUGCUGCCGGCAGCAGCUGCCGACGACGAUUGCGCUUCAUUGGUAGUUGUUGUUGCCGCGUGAUUGCCCAGCAACUAAAGAGCCAACAGAAAUGGAAAGGGACAGGGAAUUGAGUUGGGGUUGGGGUAAGGGGGGUUGGGAAUUGGGUAUUGGGUAUUGGAGCUUGGGCAUAGUUUGGGGUUAGAGAUCAUGCUUACAUGCUUAGUCACUUGUAAAUAGCUGUGUCGUCUGCCCCCACCUUCAAAUUGGAUGAGUCUAAGUAGAGUCCUAUAUAGAGCAACUCACUCGACCACAAAGAAAAGAAAACAAAUCCU